AUUUUCUCUUUAUUUAAAAUAAAAUGUCAAAUAGUAAUUAAUCACUUCCUAUGUGGGUUAUGAUGUUAACAGGAGGUAUAUCUGGAAGUAUAGCAGAAACUGCAACCAUACCUUUCGAUACAGCAAAAGUAAGAUUAUAAAUUUAACCAGGACAUGCUGAAGCAGGAAAACCUUUAAAGUAUAAUGGUGUUUUAGGAACUGUUAAAGUUAUGAUAAAGGAAGAAGGUUUUUUAUCUUUAUAUUCUGGUUUAAAUGCCGGUCUUUAAAGAUAAAUGGUAUUUGCUUCAAUUAGAAUUGGACUUUAUGAACCUGUAAGAAACUUCUAUUCAUCAAAAGAAGAAUUAGGAUAAACUCCUCUUUAUAAAAAAAUAUUGGCUGGUUUAACUACUGGAUGUAUUGGAAUAAUGGUUGCAAAUCCAACAGAUUUAGUAAAAAUUAGAUUAUAAGCAGAAGGAAAAAAGCCUGCUGGAGAAAGAAGAUAUAAUGGAGUAUUAGAUGCAUAUACAAAAAUUGUUAGGACUUAAGGUGCUGCAGGACUAUGGUAAGGUUUAGCACCUAAUAUUGUAAGAAAUUCAGUGAUUAAUGCUACGGAAUUAGCAACAUAUGAUGAAUCUAAAUAAUUCUUUGUAAGUAGAAAAUUAUUACAUGAUCACUCGAUUUCUACUCAUAUGAUUUGUUCGGCUAUUGCAGGUUUUGUAGCAGCUGUUGUAGGGUCUCCAGUGGAUGUUUUAAAAACAAGAAUUAUGAAUUCUAGUUCAGGAUCAGGUACUUAAUAUAAAGGAGUUUUAGAUUGUGUUUUUAGAACAUUUUAGGAAGAUGGAUUUAUGGCAUUUUACAAGGGAUUUGUUCCUAAUGCUUAAAGAAUUAUUACUUGGAAUAUUUGUAUGUUUAUGUCUCUCCAUUAAAUUAGAAAAACAGUAGGAGAAACUUAUUAUGGAAUUAAUAAAAAUCAUUGAAUAUAAGAUUAUUAUAUAUAUAUAAUAUUUUCUUUACUUUAUAUAAUUUUAUUUUUUAAAGAAAUAAAUAAAAAAUAAAAUAUAUUUAAUUUUUUC